AACGAUAAGGAGAGGAAAGGAAAACAAGAGGACGUGUGUGGAGUGGGAGCUAGGAAGUAGGAACUAGUAACUUUCAAAUAAACCUCUAUGGAGUUUGGAAUCUCCGCUGCUUCCCAUGCUUCUCUCCGGCCAUAUUUCUCCCCCUCCAGACUUUCCGCCAUCAACACAACCCCUCGUUGUCAUUUCUCUCUCCGACCCAUCAAUUCUCAGGUCCUUCGAUGGGAAUCUGUGGCUACCAGGUUCAUAGAAACGGACUUGCCAAGUUCCGUUCGAUGUUUUAAAUACAGUUUAUUGUUUCUGCCACCGUGGAGGCUCAAUAAAAGCAUCCCAUCUCGGCGUGGUUCAUUCCUGGUAAGCUAUGGCCUCUCUUCGAAGCUGACGGGAACUACUGUCAGUUCACAGAAACUAAUAAAUUGGCAGGAGAAGUUUAAAAGCGAUGCAUCAGUUCUGUUUGUCGGGUUAGUCGUCGGAAUGAUGCUGGUUAUGUCGGUCUCUGUAGCUUUCAAUAAGACUCCAUCAUGGGCACUCACUGAAGAGAACCUCCUUUUCUUAGAGGUAUGGAGGACAAUUGACAGGGCAUAUGUUGACAAAACUUUUAAUGGACAAAGCUGGUUCCGGUAUCGAGAAAAUGCACUGCGCAAUGAACCGAUGAAGACACGAGAAGAAACAUAUGCGGCAAUAAAGAAGAUGCUUGCCACCCUGGAUGAUCCUUUCACUCGCUUUCUAGAACCAGAAAAAUUCAAGAGUUUGCGGUCUGGCACUCAAGGUGCUCUUACGGGUGUGGGUCUGUCAAUUGCCUAUCCUACACAACUUGAUGGUUCUACAGGAUUUGUUGUUAUUUCAUCUUCUCCAGGAGGCCCUGCGAAUAGGGCUGGAAUUACAUCAGGAGAUGUUAUUUUGGCAAUUGAUAAAACUAGUACAGAAACAAUUGGACUAUAUGAUGCAGCAGACAGAUUACAGGGUCCGGAAGGAAGUUCAGUGGAAUUGACCAUACGCAGUGGGUCUGAAGUAAAAGAGAUAGCUUUGACGCGUGAGAAGGUUCCACUUAACCCAGUGAAGUCAAGAUUAUGUGAGGUACCUGGUUUGGGGAAAGAUGCAUCCAGAAUUGGGUAUAUCAAACUUACAUCAUUCAACCAAAAUGCUUCUGGUGCUGUCAAGGAAGCAAUUAGAACUUUGAGGAGGAAUAAUGUCAAUGCUUUUGUAUUGGACCUUCGAGAUAACGGUGGUGGUCUUUUUCCAGAAGGAAUUGAGAUUGCUAAGAUAUGGUUAGACAAAGGUGUCAUUGUAUAUAUUUGUGAUAGCCGUGGUGUGCGAGACAUAUAUGAGACAGAUGGAAGCAAUGCAUUGGCAGCUUCAGAACCUCUUGCUGUACUGGUGAAUAAAGGAACUGCAAGUGCAAGUGAGAUACUAGCUGGUGCUUUGAAAGACAAUAAACGUGCAGUUCUCUUUGGAGAGCCCACAUUUGGAAAAGGGAAGAUCCAGUCAGUUUUUGAGCUGUCCGAUGGCUCUGGUUUGGCUGUUACGGUGGCUCGAUAUGAGACUCCUGCUCAUACAGAUAUUGACAAGGUUGGUGUGACCCCGGACCAUCCUCUGCCAAUGUCAUUUCCUGUGGAUGAAGAUGGGUUUUGUAGCUGCCUCAGGGACCCUACAUCUGCUUGUUAUCUCAACAAAGUCAACUUAUUUCCAAGGUUAGAGAAGCCCUUGGCAAGUGUAAAUUAACCUUUCUUAACGUUGAUUAAUGCCAUUGAUAAUCAGUUUUCUUUCUGGUUUAAAUGAGAGGUUGAGAACUUAAUUGGAAGGGUCUGACAUCAAAAUAUGGUAUAUUGUUUGUUGAGGAGAGAUUUUCUCAUUUUGUGUGUCAAAGGUUAGGUCUGUAUCCAAUCCACACCCCAAGACCCAGAUAGCUAGGACCAACUUUGGUUAAUGUGUAAUGGCAUUUAAACUGCUCAAUGCGGAUCAUAUUGAUUUUUCAUAAUUCAUUUCA